UCUCUCCUACCUCUUUGUAUGUCAGCUAUAUUCCAAUCAGAUCAAAUUCAUAUCACAUUCUAUUGAAAUUCGGUAUCAAAGAAGGGGUAAAAGGAGGAGGAGAAAAUGGCAAGUUAUCGAUGGAAGACACUCUUCGAAGAAGAAGAUCGUCCAGAGAAGCCUAGGAGGUAUGGUGUCACCGAAAUGAGGGGACCUCAUCACUCUCUUUUCCCCCAAAAUCUCCUCCAGGAUGUUUUUGACUCUAUGGGGCAAUUUGUUGAUGGUCUCAAGUUUGCUGGAGGCUCUCAUAGUUUGAUGCCUAAGAGUUACAUCAAAGAAGUGACUAACCUGGCACAUAAGCACAAUGUGUACGUUAGCACUGGGGACUGGGCUGAAUACCUACAGCGCGGAGGUCCUUCUGCUUUCAAAGACUAUAUUGAGGAAUGCAAAGAAUUGGGAUUUGAUACCAUUGAGAUUGACGCUGGCUCACUUGGAAUUCCUGAAGAGAUUCUUCUGAGAUAUGUGAGGCUUGUCAAAACGGGGGGUCUCAGAGCUAAGCCUCUGUUUGCUGUGAAGUUUAACAAGUCAGAUAUACCUAUUAGUGGUAAUAGAGCAUUUGGAUCUUACACGGUCCCUGUGCAGCGAACAUCUGAGCUUGUUGAGGAUGUGAAUCUAUUGAUUAGGAGGGCAGAGAGAUGCCUUGAAGCUGGAGCAGACAUGAUAAUGAUUGAUGCUGAUGAUGUCUGUAGACAAGCAGAUUCUGUGAGGGCUGACAUUAUAGCAAAAGUCGUGAGCCGUUUGGGGCUUGAAAAAACCAUGUUUGAAGCAUCAAAUCCUAAGACAUCUGAGUGGUUUAUCAAACAAUAUGGUCCACAUGUAAAUCUUUUCGUGGAUCAUUCUCAACUCAUGGAUCUGGAAUGUCUCCGCGGCUGUAACCUGGGCAAGGAUCAUGUAUCUGUUCUUGGUUCAUCAUAUUACCGAUCCUAAGCUGAUGUUCUAUCAUAGAAGUUCUCCACUAAAGUCAUAAGUAGUAAAGCUUUGUAUGCACUGAUAUGUUAUAUUCUCAAUCGUGUUAAAUCGUUCGUAGCACCUGCUUCCUCGACUUGUAAUGUUUGUGUGUUUAAGACAUCAUAAUAGCUUAAAUGUAAUACACUCUAUCUGGCUGUA